CGCUCUCCACUCCGCGGCGGUGCGGGGCAGAGUGCGGGACGGGAGUGGAAGAGCGGAUUCGGAGAGCAUAGCGACGACGUUGACCGCCGUGCCGUCGCGUCUCGACGCAGCGUGACCGCGCGUGUGCAAGGGGAUGAAAAUGUGCUGGGAAGGUGGAGGCGGCGGCGGGGGAGGCCCCGGCGGCCUCCUGCUCGCCGUCCUCGUGCUGGUCGCCCUGGCGGCCGAGGUCCACGCCGAGGUCCUCACGCCGCCCUACUUCAACCUGGCCGAGAGACGGCGCGUCACGGCCACCGCCACUUGCGGCGAGGGCACGCAGGGCCCCGAGCUGUACUGCAAGCUCGUGGGGGCCAACGCCGACAAGGAUGCCAACAUGGAAAUCAUCCAGGGCCAGGUGUGUGACUUUUGUGACCCCUCCGAGCCGGAGAAGAGACACCCGGCUGAGUACGCCGUCGACGGGGCAGAAACAUGGUGGCAGAGUCCGCCUCUGUCCAGAGGCAUGAAGUACAACGAAGUUACACUCACCAUCGAUCUUGGGCAGACAUUUCAUGUUGCGUACGUUUUUAUCAAAAUGGCUAAUUCUCCUCGCCCUGCAAUUUGGGUUCUUGAACGUUCCACUGACAACGGCAAGACUUACAAACCAUGGCAGUACUUUGCUGACUCCCCCAGUGAAUGUGAACAAUGGUUUGGCCCAGAAACAUUACUGCCCAUCACUAGAGAUGAUCAAGUAUACUGUGAGAUUGAAUACUCAAAGAUUGUGCCUCUUGAGGGUGGAGAGAUAGUUGUUUCUUUUCUGAACAAACGUCCAUCAGCAAACGACUUUUUCAAUUCUACCAUUCUGCAAGAAUUUACUCGAGCAACAAAUAUUCGAUUGAGAUUUUUAAGAACAAAGAACUUGCUGGGACAUCUAAUGUCUGUUGCAAGACAAGAUCCGACAGUGACUCGCAGAUAUUUCUAUUCAAUUAAAGACAUCAGUAUUGGAGGACGCUGUGUGUGUAAUGGACAUGCCGAGAAUUGUGCUAAUCCUGAUCCAAAUGAUCAGUACAAACUACUGUGCAGCUGUAAACAUAACACUUGUGGUACUAAUUGUGAAAUGUGCUGUCCUGGAUUUGAACAAAAGCGUUGGCGGCAAUCCAAACGCUAUGAACUGUUUCAGUGUGAACCUUGCAACUGUCAUGGACAUUCAGACAAAUGUAUUUAUGAUGAGGAGGUAGAUGAGAAAAAACUUUCAAUUGAUAUCCAUGGGAAUUAUGAAGGAGGAGGAGUUUGUCAAAGUUGUAGGCAUAACACAGAGGGUGUAAACUGUAACCGGUGCAAAGCCAAGUAUUAUCGUCCGUAUGGUAAACCAUUGAAUGCAACAGAUGUUUGUCAACCUUGUCAAUGUGACGACCCUCGUUUCACUGGGAACUGUGCUGAGGGCUCUGGACAAUGUGAAUGUAAACAAAACUUUACUGCACCUUACUGUGACAGCUGUAACUUUGGAUAUUAUGGCUAUCCAGAGUGCAAACAGUGCGAAUGUUUUAUUAAUGGAACCAGAGGAAACAUGUGUGAGGCUGUUGGAGGGCAAUGCCAAUGUAAACAAGCAUAUGGGGGUAGAUUCUGUAGAGAAUGUGCUCAAGAAUAUUUUGGCUAUCCCAACUGUACUGCUUGCGAUUGUAAUCGCAUUGGAUCUCAAUCAAGUGUUUGCCAAACUGAAACUGGAAAAUGUCCUUGCCGGAGCAAUUUUGGUGGGCGACAAUGUGAUCAAUGUGCUGAUGGAUACCACACUUACCCUGAUUGUAUCUUUUGCAAAUGUGACACUAGUGGAACAUUACCUGAAGUCUGUGACAAAGGGAAUGGAAAGUGCCUGUGUAAAGAAGGUUACGAUGGAGAAAGGUGUGAUCGCUGUAAGCCUGGAUAUCAUGGCUACCCGAACUGUCGUCCUUGUAAUUGCAGUGAAGUAGGAAGCUCUUCCUCCAUUUGUGAUGCCAGUGGAAAGUGUCCUUGUCUUGCAAACUUUGCUGGACGCUCAUGUGAUCAGUGUCGAUCUGGAUUCUACAGAUUCCCUGAAUGUUUAGCCUGUUUCUGUGACUCACAUGGUUCUGUUGGUGUUAGCUGUGAUGCAAAUGGGCAUUGUCAGUGUAAGGAAAAUUUUGAGGGGGCUCGCUGUGAUCAGUGCAAAGAAGGACUCUACAAUUUCCCAAUUUGUGAAGAGUGCAAUUGCAAUCCAUAUGGUACAAUAUCCACUUUUGGCGGCUGCGGUACCCUACCAGCAGGGGAAUUGUGCAAGUGUAAAUCUAGAGUAGAGGGUCGUGUGUGUAAUGAGUGCAAGCCUACAUAUUGGAAUUUACAACCUUAUCAUCGUGACGGAUGUGAAGAAUGUGAUUGUCACAUUCCUGGUGUGAUGGGUGGAAUCAAUGUGUGCAACACUCAGUCUGGGCAGUGCCUUUGUAAACCCUCUGUAGGAUCUCGACGUUGUGAAGCAUGCAAAGAUGGAUCUUAUAAUCUCUCAGAUGACAACUUGUUUGGAUGCACUGAUUGUGGUUGUGAUAUUGGAGGAUCUGUGGAUGGUAUUUGUAACAAGUCCACUGGGCAGUGUAUAUGCCACCCAAGAAUACAGGGUCGUACCUGUAAUGAGCCGAUUCUACAUCAUUACUUUCCGACCUUGCACCAUUUGCAAUACGAAGCAGAAGAUGGCUUGACGCCUCAAGGGGAAAGAGUGCGCUAUAGAUGGGAUGAAAAUGAAUUUGCUAACUACUCAUGGAAAGGAUAUGCAUUCUUUACAGUGCCUCAAAAUGAAAUUAACUAUAAUGUGAAAAUUGAAAAGCCCUCACUGUAUCGAAUGGUGCUCCGUUACAUAAAUCCAGGAACUGAGGCAGAAGUAGCUCACAUAGCGAUUAUUCCUGAGAGUCAAAUUGAACCACAGCAGUCUUUCCAAGUUCUCCUGAUGCCUACCAAUGGUACACCUGCUUUCACAACAGUGGCUGAUAAGACUAACAAAAUUCCAUCUCCACUUGUUAUGGAUCCUGGAAACUGGAUAAUUAAUAUUAAGUACAGUGGUGCUCGACCUCUUUUAUUGGAUUACUUCUCUCUGCUACCAGCUUCUUACUAUGAGGCAGGAAUUCUUGUGAAGACAGUUUCUGAACCUUGCACAAUUGGCAAUCAAACUGUGUGCCAACAGUAUCAUUAUCCUAAAAUGGGCGGGUGUGACAUAGUACGAGGUGAAACAGCACUUAUUGAUGAUCAGGGAAACAGACAACCGAUACGAGAAAUAUAUGAAAAUGAUCAGCAUGUUCAAGCUGUUGGCCUUAACAGUAAACCAGCUAUGCUUUCUCCAACUCAACCCGAGCUACACUUUGACCUUACAAUAUCGGAACCUGGGAAACAUAUACUUGUCAUAAGUUAUGUGACUCCUCCUGACGCAAAUACAAGCACAAAUGUUGUUCUGAUGGUUGAUGAUGAACAAGCACCUCAGUUAGGAAGGGCAGUCCUACAUCCCUGCUCAUUCACAGCAGCUUGUAGGCAAGCUGUCAUUGAUGAUCGCAGAGUAGUUUCUCCCUUCCGGCUUGAUAAAAACUAUGUGAAACUUACAUUAAAGGCUGAAGGACCAGCGAAUGCUGCUAUUGACUGUGUUGUUGCUGUGCCACUUGAAGACUGGUCGUUAGAUUACAUUCAACCUAAACCACUGUGUGUUAGGAAAGAUGGACAGUGUGUUGGGGCUAACUUCCCAACCCCUCCAGAUUCUAAAAGGAUUGAACCAGAAAGUGAUAAUGAUGUAUCCACAGUGAAACCACCAAUGAUAUCUGACAACACUAGCACAUUGAUUUACCUUGACUAUAACAAUCCUACAGUGGAUGCUGAAGGCAAAGUUCCAGGCCCUGGGCAAUAUGUGUUUGUUGUUCACUAUUAUCAACCAGAUCAUCCAGGUUUUGCUCUUGAUACAGUUAUACAAAAUGAAAAUAUUGUCCAAAAUGGUCAGUAUCAUGAAGGAAAACUGCCAAUUCGUCACUGUCCCUCAAAUUCUGGAUGUCGCUCAGUGAUUCAGCAAUCAAAUGGCAGCAAUCGAACCUUGCUAUCGGAUUCUUUCAUUGUUACUUUAAAACAACAACCAACACGGUUUGGAGUGUGGAUUGACUAUAUCUUAGUCAUUCCUGCAGAACAAUUUACUCCCAGUAUUCUUGAACAGGAUGACUUGGACCAAACUGGAGUUUUUCUAAAUCAAUGUGGACAGAAUCAUUUCUACAUAGAUCCAAAAACUAAAGGAUUUUGUAGAGAAGCUGUGUUUUCUCUGACUUCAGCCUACAACAGUGGGGCUCUGAAAUGCAACUGUGAUUAUCUUGGCUCAACUGAUUUUGAGUGUGCAAAGUUUGGGGGCCAGUGCCCUUGCAAAGCCAAUGUUAUUGGUCGACGGUGUACAGAAUGUAGAAAUGGUUACUAUGGGUUCCCUGAUUGCAAGCCCUGUGACUGCCCAGCAACUGCUAUCUGUGAAGAGAAAACCGGUAAAUGUGAGUGUGCUCCAAAAAUAAGAGGUGAAAAAUGUGAUCAAUGCGAGGAAAAUACUUUUGCAUUGGAUCCCUACUUUGGCUGUGAAGACUGUAAUUGCUCUCCUCAGGGCGUUGUUGAUAACAAUCUCCAAUGUGAUUUAAAUAAUGGAAGCUGUUCAUGCAAGCCAAAUAUAGUAGGACGACAUUGCGAUAAAUGUUUGGAGGGGUAUUGGCUAUUUCCUCAAUGUCAAAUUUGUGACUGUGAUCUUCGAGGUUGCAGAGAAGAAAUAUGUGAUCAGGUUACUGCACAGUGCUACUGCAAAAGUAAUGUUAACGGUGAAGCAUGUGAUGUAUGUGUUGAUGGAACUUUUGACAUUCAAGCAAGCAAUGUUCUGGGUUGUACAAAGUGUUUCUGUUUUGGAAAAACUACUCGGUGUGAUAGUGCUACACUUUUCCGUGCUGAGAUUCAAAGCAUGGAAAAUUGGGUAUUGUCUACAAUUACUUAUCAACCAACUGUCAUUGUCACACCAAUGAGUUUUCGACCAGAACAUGGGGAUGGUGGUGUAGUUGCUGACUUGACUGAUGCUGAAGCUGUUGAUAAAGUAGUCUUUUUCAAGGCCCCUCAAAUUUUUUAUGGCAAUAUGCUGACAGCAUAUGGUGGAAAUCUCAACUACACACUAUUCUACACAACAGGACCUUUUGGUGGAGCUAUUGGAGCACCUGACAUAAUUUUACAUGGAUCAGCAACCAACCAGUAUCUUCUUCACUUUAGUUUGGAACAACCUGCAUCUUCUUUAAAAUAUAAUGGCAGUGUGCAAAUAAUUGAAAGCAAUUUUGUCUUAAGCAAUGGAUUGCCUGUGUCUCGGGAGACACUUAUGCAAACCCUACAGACUUUAGAUGAAAUUUAUAUUCGAGCUACUUACAUGCAGCAGAGUGUUACAUCACGCCUCUUGAAUGUAAGCUUGGAUACUGCCCAAGAGCAACACAAUACAAAUGGUAUUGCCCAUGCUGUGGAGGAGUGUAUUUGUCCUCCUGGUUACAAGGGACUUUCUUGUGAAGACUGUGCUUCAGGUUAUUAUAGGUCUCAGACUGGACCUUAUGGAGGCUAUUGUGUUCCCUGCCAGUGCAAUGGACAUUCUGAUGUUUGUGACCCAGUUACUGGAAUUUGCAUGGAAUGUCAACAUUUCACGACUGGUGAUCACUGUGAGGAGUGUGAAUCUGGCUAUCAUGGUGAUGCCAGUGUAGGUACACCUCAUGACUGUCUGAUAUGCGCAUGUCCUUUGCCAUACCCAUCAAAUAACUUUGCUAGUAGCUGCUAUGUUAGCCCUGAUGGGGACAGUAUCAGCUGUGAUUGUAAGGAAGGAUACUUUGGAGCUCAAUGCCAGUCAUGUGCAGCAGGUUAUUAUGGAAAACCGAGAGUCCAAGGUGAUUACUGUAAACCAUGUGUAUGCAAUAACAACAUUGACCCAUCCAAUGCAAAUUCAUGUGACUCAGUGAGUGGAGAAUGCAUGACUUGUCUUAACAAUACCUUUGGAGAAAGUUGUCAGUACUGUGCACCAGGGUUUUAUGGAGAUGCUAUAAUUCGCAAAGAUUGUCAGAGUUGUAUUUGUGAUGCAUGUGGUACAGCACAGUGUAACAACUAUACUGGUAUAUGUGAGUGUAAACCAAAUGUAGCUGGAGAAAAAUGUGACACAUGUGCCCCUGACCACUAUGGUUUCAACAACUGUAAGGGCUGCUCACCAUGUGAUUGUGGUUUGGCAUCUGAUAGCACACAAUGUGAUGAUGUGACUGGACAAUGUCGGUGCAAACCGGGGGUCACUGGGAGGACCUGUGAUAAAUGCAAGCCUGGAUACUGGAACUAUGGUCCUGAAGGAUGUGUCUCUUGCGGCUGUAACCAAGAAUAUUCUGUUGGUUUUGGUUGCAACGCAGCAACAGGCCAGUGUGAAUGUUUACCUGGUGUGAUUGGAGAGAAGUGUGACCACUGUCCCUACCGAUGGGUAUUAAAAGAUGAUGAAGGCUGUUUUGAAUGUGAUGCAUGUACACAUGGACUUCUAAAUGUUACUGAUGAACUAGCAGCAACAAUUGAUCCACAAAGAGCUGACUUUGAGUCAGCCGCUGCCAGCCAUUUCACCCAGAAGCGUCUUGAAUACAUCAAUGACACAGCGUUGGACAUGGCUCCAACAGUCAAGAACCUUACACGUGUUGAUUUUGUACCAAUAGCAAAAGCAGUGCAAGACCUCACUAGAGAUACUGAACAACACAGUCGUAACGGUGCUUACAAACUUGAAACUGCAGAGCAGACAGCUCCAACUGGUGCUGCAGUUCACCAAGCUUUACUCAAUCUAGAGAAAUCUAUGGUUGUUGCCUCAGACAAUGCAGAAGCCACCGUGCAAGAAAUCAACAAUAUUACUUUUAGUUUAGAAGCUGGAUCAGGUCCCCAAACUGAGUAUUCAAUUCGUCUUGGUGAAAAACUGUUGAAAGAAAUGGAGGAACAAGAUUUCUCUGAUCCUGAGAAGGAAGCAGAUCGAGUUUUGGAAAAGGCGGAACAAAUAAAGGAAAAUAUGGCCAAAUUUGCAGAACCAGUUACCAACCACUCCCACCUUUUACUUGAGUUACAGAAGCAAUUGAAUGAAUUUAAUGACAAAUUAGAAAAUCUUAGGAAUAAUUCAGACUCAACAGUGAAGCUGACAACUGAAACAAAAAUUAUCAAUGAAAAGAACAAGAAUGCUCAGGUGAAGAAUAAAGUUAAUGCAGUGAAUCAAUUGGCUGAAUCUGCCCAAAAUAUUCUAAAUGAUGCAAAGGAAUUACUUACCAAAACUGCCAAAUUGAUAAUUGAUGCAAAAAAAGAUUUCUCUGAUAUUGAACUUGCAGCUACACGAGUAGUGGAGAUCAAAAAUAGUUUAAAUGAUUCCAUUAAUGAACAAAAGGUGAAACUAAGUGAGUUAGAAGAUGUGUAUGAAGGAGCAGAUGUACAUGCAGCUGUCCUAGCAAACAGGGCUGCAGAACUGGAAAAACAACUUUCGCCAACUCGAGAUCAAUCACAGUUUGCCCUUACUGCUGCCAAUGCAUAUCUUGAUAUUGUGAAUGCUCUUCAGGAAGCUCUGAAAACAGCUGAAGAAGCUUCUGAAGCAGCACAAAAUGCAUCAGAUAUGUUGACAGGACUUGGUGAUAAGACGUCUGUUUCACAAAAACGUUCAAUGGAACUUCUUCAAAAUGCUCAUAGCAGACUAGAGGAAGCCCAAGUUACUUUGUCACCUAAACUAAAGAUGGCAAUAAGUAAUGUGAUGUUUGUACAAGAUUUGACAAGCUCUGGACAGAAGGGCAUUGAUGAUAUUGAGAAGAUCCUAACAAAGAUGCCAACUCUAUCAUUAAUUGAUCCUGUGAACAAGGCUGGCGAAGAAUCGGCAAGAGCUCAGGAAUCAGUCCAGGAUGCUGUAUCAGGUAUCAGUGAUAUUCUGACAACGCUUCCUGAUCAAUCUAAAAUGGCCAAACAAGUUCCAAAGGAUGUUGAUGAUUCUCGUGAGGCAAUAAGUCAGGCAGACAACCAGCUAAGAAGCCUACGUAUGGUGAAGACUUUCAAUGAUGCCAUUGACGAUGUUAAAAGUAGACAAGAAGCUUUCAAUGCAAGUGCUGUUGGAGCAAGAAGCUCGAUUGAGGAACUGAAACAAAAAGUAGCUGAAGCACGGGAAAAUGUUAACAGGAUUAGAGUGGGUGUACGAUUCCAUCGAGACACAACACUACAGUUGCGAAAUCCUGAAAGUCUAUCUCAACAAACAACAUCUUCCCGAAUAUCAGUGUAUUUCAGAACAAGUCAACCGAAUGGUUUAAUAUUAUACCUUGGCAAUGAGAAAGAUUCUAGUAGAAAAGUAAGGAGUCUGAAAUCGAGAAGGACAAAAACUGAUGACUACAUUGCAUUGGUUGUUGAAAAUAGCUACCCUGUGCUUACCGUUGAUCUUGGAUCAGGACCUACUCGUAUUAUUGUCACCAAGAUUGUUGAUGAUGGAGUGUGGUAUCAAGCUAUCAUUGAAAGAAUUGGAAAGAGUGCUCGUCUAACUAUCCGAGAGGAAGGAAUUAAUAAAGAGGAUGUGUUGUAUUACAAAGAAGACAUUAUCAGUGGAACCAACUCAAUCCUAAAUCUAGAUCCUGAGAAUUCCAAGCUUUUUGUGGGAGGCUUCCUUAAUUUCAGAAUACAAGAUGACAUCAUAGCAUCCUCAUUUGAUGGUGAAAUGGAAGAACUUGUAAUUGGUGAUACUCCUGUUUCUCUGUGGAGCUUUGUCAGUGGAUCUCUCAAUCGAAAUUUAACUGGGGCCUAUGAAAGAAAUAAGCUGGUCAGUAGUCUCACAUCAAACGCUGGCUACCGUUUCAAUGGGUCUGGCUAUGUAGUUUUAGAUGGAAAACCAUACCUCCAAAAGGAACGAUCUGCAGUUCAAUUUAGGUUCAAAACAAAGAUGCGCAAUGGACUAUUAUUCCUUAUUGGAAAUGAAAAACAAUUCUUCUCUGUCGAAUUACGCGAUGGUCGUAUUCUCUAUCAGUUUGAUCUAGGAGAUGGUCCAGUGAGAAUGCUAUCACCUGAAGGUGUAAAAUAUAAUGAUGACGAAUGGCAUCUUGUGGAAGCAGCACGAGACCGUAAAGUUGGUCUUCUGAAGAUUCAUGGGGAAGAAUCAGCUAGGGCCAAUUCUGGUGGUUUCAUUGAUGAACUAACACCCACAAAUGAAGUCUACUUUGGGGGCUAUCCUGAUUCACACUCCUACAGAGAUGUCACCAACUUAGACUUCGAUGGCUGCAUAGAUAAUGUUCAGAUUGAUAGUGGUACCAUCGAUCUAAGUAAAAAUGUGAAAGCCACUGGAGUGUCACCGGGGUGUCCCCCGAAGUUUGUUGGACAAAUUUCGUUUAGUGAGAAAGCCCCAGGAUAUCUACGAUGGUCAAAGGUCGAUGCUGCUGAUGAAAUUCAAUUGAACCUUCGAUUUAAAACUUCCUCUACUCCUGGACUAAUAGCCUACAUAACUGAUGAGGAUCAGACAUCUACUCUUUCUCUAUCCAUGGUGGAGGGUAUUCUUGUCUUGCGGUCAAAGAAUGCUGAAGUGACAACUCAUCCAACUAAAUAUAAUGAUGGAGAGUGGCAUGUUGUUACUGCUACUUAUGACCGCAAUGGUCUUCAAUUGGAUGUUGAUGACUUUGAAAUGUUCAAGACACCUAACACAGGCUCUCCUCUACAAAUUCAGGAUGGCAAUCUUUUCUUUGGUGGCAUACCAAAAGACUACAUUUUGUCACCAGGAGCUAGUGCCUCAGCUAACUCUUUUGUUGGUUGUCUUGCUGAUGCUACAGUUGGACGAACUCUAAUCAACUUUGCAAAUGUUACGGAUAGGCGUAAUGUGAGUCUCAACAAGUGUCCUAUUGGAUCAGACCCAGUUGAUUACCCUGCUCCUUCCCCUGAAGAAGAUGUAAUCACCAGAGAGGGGGAUGAUCAAGAUGGUGAUGAUGAUAAUAUCCCAGUGACUACUUCAACUGCACCGACACCCAUCACCCCACCAACUCCAGCCCCAACACCAGCAGGACAGUGUGUUCUCCCAUUCAGUCCUGCAAAUGAUCCAGAUGUGAGGGAGGACAGUGGCGUUCGUUUUGGAAGUAAACCAUACAGUCGAUAUGAGUUUUCAGCUCUGCCCAAGCCACUUAAACAAAAGUAUGAACUCUCAUUUGAUUUCAAAACAGAAAAGCCUAACGGCACAAUAUUCUUUGUCACUGACAAGAAUAUUGUUGAUCACAUUGCUCUUUAUCUGGUUAAUGGCAAGGUGCACUACAGCUUUAACUGUGGUUCUGGAGCUGCCUUGCUUGUUAGUAAGGAUGCCUAUAAUGACAAUGAAUGGCAUACUGUCUUGUUUGCUCGCCAUGGAGUAAAUGGCACUCUGUCAAUUGAUGAAGUUAUUGUUGCCACUGGAUCUUCUGUAGGCCUCACAAAGACAUUAAAUGUUGAACCUCCUUUCCUUUUGGGAAGCUUAUCAGAAUCUUUACCUGCACUUCUGAAAGAUCAUAACUCACUUAGUGUUCUAAAUGUCAUUCCUGGGUUUGUAGGCUGUUUACGUUACUUUAAAAUGAACAAGAAACCUGUUGUUCAGAAUCGAACCGUGACUGAAGGAGUCUUGCCAUGUUCUGAUAAGGUAGAGAAAGGUUUCUUUAUCGGACCUGAGGGUGGUUAUAUCAAAGCUUUUGACAAAUUUAGGGUAGGUUUUGAUAUAGAUUUGUCUAUAGAAGUCAAACCUAGGUACACUUCAGGAAUUUUAGUUUCUGUGCAUAGUAACAAAGACUAUUUGAUUUUGCAAUUGGUAAAUGGAACUGUUAAAUUCACUGUUGACAAUGGUGAAGGACCAAUUACAGUAGAAUACAAACCUGUCCAGCCACAAGAUGUGUGUAAUGGUGAUUGGCUAAGAAUUCAAGCUGUCAAGUCAAAGGCGAUUCUGACACUCGGAGUCAAUGACUUCUUUGUUGAGCCAUUUGUUGGAAAACAAGGAAGUGCUGCCACUGACACCCGCCACCCUUUGUUUAUUGGUGGCCAUCCAAAUCCCAAGGGGCUGCCUGGCAUUGAGACCACUGAACAAUUUGUUGGGUGUGUUCGAAAUGUGGCUAUUUUAAGAGAUAACAAGAAUAUGAUUGUGAGUUUGACUGCUGCAAAAACCAGUGGUAGCGUGAUCAGCAAUGUAUGCCCUACUAUUUAAAAUAUUUUUGCUCAGUUAGAAAAUCAAAUCAAUUCUGAGCAAAUUUUUAAUUUAUUAUUGUACUUUCCAUAAAAUAAAUACCUGUCUGGCUUUUCAUUUGCUGAUGUUGGACAAUUCUAAGUAGUACAAUAUUAGUGUAUGGUUUAUUUAUUUUAUUAGCCUUUUUACUUCUUGGUCUAUGUUGAGUGUACAAUGGCAUGAGCAAAAUAAGUGAUAUCAGUAAGUGUAAAGGAGCAGCUUCUUCAUCUGGAAAUAAAUCAUCUUCUCAAGCUUUCUAGAAAGAGUGAAAGACCAUCCAGAAAAUAAAAUAAAAAUGGGAAGGAUGGCAGUGGAGAAACUUGAGAACAAUUAUGUUCUCUGCUUAAAGUUUUCAAAUUCAUGUGAUAACUUUGUUAAUUGUAGGAGCCAUCUGCAUGUAAACAAGCUUUGAAAUAAGGAAUGUUUUCUAUAUGCAACAGAGGAUUUCGUAAAGCAAUGACUGAACUUUUUAUAUUUCAUUUCAAAGCUUGUGUAGACUAGUGUGGAAGUUCAGUUUUUGUAUGUGAGUUUGUAUCAGCUGAAUGAGAGUUUUGUAAGUAUUGUAAAGUGUGUAUGUUGGUCAGUGUGUGGAAGAUUGUGCCUAAGUGUGUGUGUGUGUGUGUGUGUGUGUGUCUGUGUAUGAGUGUGGGGUAAUUGUUUAGUGUUGAUGUAAGUAUCUUUGUGUGUUUAUUUCUGUCUGUUAGUGUAAGUUGACUGACAGUUAGAUUUCUUAAGAUAUGAUGUGAGAGCACGGUCCUAUAGGGUAAAAAUUGAAUAAAACAACUGUGUAAAGAUUUUGCUAGAGCAGACAUGUAUUUUAAUUUUGUUUGUGAUUCAUUUAUCAUUUUCAUGUACAAAAAAAAGUUAAACUGUAUAGGGUACAUAAAUUAUAAUAAAUUUAUGAUAAAAUAUGCCACAGACAUUAGAAUGAUACAGUAUUUCUUAAUUAUACUUUCAAUCUAAAGAGUAAAAAACUUUGCAGGUGAUAUAUAUGACAGAGGUGUUUCAAGAAAUCAUUGCACAGUAACCACUUUUAACCACAGUUGUCUGCCUGAAUCUGUAAAUAAAUGUACAGUAGAAAUUAUGAGCUCUGUUAAUUUACGCCCAAUUUGAUUAAAUAAAUGAUUGAUUGUUACAUAA